GAUCGACGAGGAAGUUGACGAGCAGCUCGACCUGGAGCCACUGCGCUCCCUUGUAGGUCGCGAGGUCCCACUAAGUCUGGCGCGCAACGCCCGGCUUAUAGAUCUUCACGGCGACCUGCUGGUCGAAGCCGCGCAGCUUCGCUUCGUGAACCUGCGCGAUGCUGGCGCAGAUGUUCAGCUCGGACUGGGUGCAUUGCGAUCCUCACCCCGGUAGCGUCCUUAGUUGCGCCCAUCCCUCGAAGCCGACACAGCUGCAGCUCGUAAUCCUCAACUUCGGCUUGCACAUUAGCAUCUCGAAGGAGAUGCGCCGGCAGUGGGUGUCCAUCUUCAAGGCCAUGCUCGUCGGCGACCACGCUGAGGUCGAGUCCGUCGUCAGGGACUUGGCAUGGACGACCUCUUCGCCUCCUUCGCGCUCAUGCGUUCCAUCCGGCUCAAGAGCGCGCGCACCGGGCUGCCCUUACUCUCGAAGGAGUCGACCAGCGACUACGAGUGCGGCGCGUAGACGAAGGCUGCGCUGCGGAACUUCCUCGUCGACACGGACCGCAUGCCCGAGGUACUCGCGUUCCUCCCGCACUCGGCGAUUUGGUGAACUCAGCCUUCCACGUUACAUGCAGUACUCAUCCAGUCUUUAAUCUAACCCGUCGAAGCCGAGCAGUUUGUGGCAUCGGUCGGAGGUGUGCGUAGAAGGUGUUUUGUACUACGUAUGCUCAUUUAAUAUGUCAACAGCCAGUGAGCUUGCUUCAUUGUUCUACGUAGGCAAGUGCGAUG